AUGGCUCUCAAGAGAGGCAAAGCGACUCCUUCGCCGACCGGUGUCGUCCGCGGACAACGUGCCACCAACAAGAGGCGUCAGACGACGACUGUUCCCCCUACGCCGAAUCUCCGACGCAGCCUGCGGUCGCAAGCGUCAGCCAAGAAGACAUCUGCUCGUGGCGGUCCUAUCCCUCAAGAAAUCCCUCCUGAUGUGCCAGCUCCAAGCGCGCGCAAGUGGCAAAAAACUGGCCCCCAAAUACGCGUCCUCUACUACCUCCUCAGACGCGCCGUCACCACGCCCUACGUUCGCGAAAAUUCCGACGCAGAUUUCGUUCCCUCCAAUCUUGAUGACUUGGAUGACGGCUCCACAACAUCCACUCCGAGCAGGGAGUCUACGCCGCUCUGCAACAUUGACAAUAGCAUGUCACGUCCAGGCCACCAGCGUCUGAUCGAUAGAUCUCCCUUGGGAUAUGUCUGCACGGCCUCCUUGCGCCACAAUGCCAACGGCGAAGUGCAAGACUCUCAUAUCCUAGACCGGUGUUGCGCAGGCAACCGAAAACUCAUCAAGGGAUUCGAGACCGUCAUGGUAUACGAACCCGGUACCUUCAAUGUCGACAGUCCUUCGAACCGAGUUUUUCUUGCGUCCAAUUACCACAUCAUGAUGGACAAAGGGAAAUGGGCGUAUAUUCCCAAGGCUGCAGAUCUCGAGCGGUUGCUGGCCGCAUUGAAGAAGGAGCAACUGGGGCCCAUUGAGGGCCAGCAAGCGCCGCCCCCGCGUGGCCCGAAUGGGUUCACGCAUCACAAGGACGUCUUCCCCAACGACAUCCGGGGAUACCACAUCGGUCCUUUCUCAACCUGGGAUGACCCUGCCCUCGAAUUCUCGCGCAAGCGCGAGGUUUACAGCACCGAGCCAUCUCUGGAAUUUCGGCCUCCUUGGAACACGCCGCUUCCGAUCGUCGAACUGCCUUGCUCUCCUUACUUCGUCGCAUGGAAGGCGUACAAGACGCUGCAGAAUGAGGAUGUGCACUUGCCUGCCCAUCUUGCUACUGAAGAGGCGCUGCUGCGCAAGAUCGGUCAGCUGAUGUGGGACUAUGGGCUUGGUGUUCCUUGCCCCAGCUGA